AUGGCCGAAUGUGUUGAUUUGGUUGAACAAGGUGAAUCAUCAAGACCAUUCAUACCCGGUAUGGUCGUCGACAGAGAUCGAUAUGGUGCUGACGAGCGCCUAAUGGCGGCUUACUUUAACGAAAACCCAAAGUAUUCGUUGAAGAGCUUUAGGCGACGAUUCUGUAUGUCUAGACCUAUGUUCAUGCACAUUGUGAUCGACAUAAUAUCAUACUCAUCUCGCAAUCCAGGUCCUGUGCCUUUGCAUUUUAAAAGAAUGCAAGACAAGCAGCUUGAUGCCCGAGGAAAGCCUGGUUUCAGCACCAUCCAAAAGUGUGUUUGUGCCAUACGUCAAUUGGCGUAUGGCUACAAUCUCGACUCGCUUGACGAGUAUCUACAAAUGGGUGAAGAAACAACAAGGUGUUAUUUAGACUAUUACUGUAAGUGUGUGUUCGAACUUUACCAGGAUGAAUACUGGCACAGACCAACACCAGAGGACAUAAAACGCUUGUACGCUCGACAUGAAGAGCUUCAUGGCUUCCCAGGCAUGCUUGGAAGCAUUGAUUGCAUGCACUGGCCUUGGAAGAACUGUCCCAAGGCAUGGCAAGUUGGUUCGAACAACGAUAUAAAUGUUCUGAACCAAUCGCCUUUAUUUAGAGAAAUCAUUGAAGAUCGUGCGCCUGAUAGCUCGUUCACUGUUAAUGGCACCCACUACAAAAAGGAUUACUAUCUCGCAGACGACAUUUAUCCCGAAUGGUCGACUUUUGUAAAGUCGUAUUCAUGCUCUCAAGAUGAGAAGUAG